AACACAGAAGAUGUCAAGGAAACCAAAAGAAGAAUAUUAUCGGUUCUUCGCUGUUAGCGACCCUCGGACCCACGAGAAGGGACACACGGAGUACAAAGUGACAGCGAGGUUUGUAUCUAAAAGCCAUCCAGAGGAUGUGAAGGAGGUGGUGGUGUGGAGGAGGUUCUCUGAGCUGAAGAAGCUCCAUGGAGAGCUGGCCUUCACACACAGGAAUCUGUUCAGGCGACAGGAGGAGUUCCCCCCUUUUCCACGUGCACAGGUCUUUGGGAGGUUUGAUGAGGCUGUGAUUGAGGAGAGGAGGAAGGCAGCCGAGGCCAUGCUUCAGUUCACCACCAGCAUACCGGCGCUCUACAACAGCCCACAGUUAAAGGACUUCUUCAGAGGGGGUGAAGUCACGAGGCCCCUGGAUCCCUCCCCUCUGUCCUCAGCCGGGCCUCUGCCUCCCCCUCUCAUUCCUCUACCCAAGCGGAGGUCUUCAGACUGUGAUCCCGCUGAGGAGGAAGAGGGCAGGGAGGCCCCCACUCUACCCCAAGAUCUGGGCACCAAUUUGAGCUUAGAGCUGGGGGAGCCAGAGGUGGCAGCUGAGGCCUACAUUGAGAUCGGAGGAACUCCCAAAGAAGAAGAGGAACUCAGUGACACAGAAGUGGAUGAGCGAGCCGGAUCUCUGGACAGAUCUUCACCGAGACACCACCUAUCAGAAGGAGCCCAGGAGGAGUUUGAUUCCCUGUUUGACUCUGACGUAGAAGAGAGCGUCCCAUCACCAAAGGAGGAGGGCCCCCCGCCUCUGUCGGAAAACGACUUGGCUGUUUUUGACCCCUGCUACACACAAGAUACAACAGGAUUCACCUCCGAUCACUCAGAGCUGUUCUCCCUGCCACCAGCCAGCCUGAAUGGGGGGGACGGGGGAUACCUGAGCCAAGCAGCCAAUGAGCUGCAGGCCGCCAUGGAGAGGGAGAAGGAGGGCGAGUUCAGCGGCGCCAUUCGUGGAUACAGGACGGCUGUGGAUAUCCUGAUCACUGGAGUGCAAGGAGAACUGGAUCCAGCUCGGAGGGAGUUGGUGAUGAGGAGGACGGCUCAGUACCUGAAGCACGCCGAGAUGCUGGUGGAACAGCACUCCUCAACUGCUCCCACACCUCCCAAACAGGCCCCGUAGACACACGGUGGGACAAGAGGGGGAGACGCUCAGGGUGGUGGCGUACAUGCCGCACGUACACACCAGAAUGCACACUAAAGUUGGACAGCACAUCCUGAAGAAGCCAGAGUGCGGCUCAGAGGAACACUCCAGAGGGAACGCGUUCACACCGGAUCACCACAGCCUUAAAGUGAAAAAUGUGCGGCUUUACUGAUGUGACCAAUUUAAACUGACCUAUAAAGAGUCCUUCUGUAUAACAGUCAUGUCUCUGUUCAUUAGUGGUUUGCGUUUUGCACAAUGUUUUGUAAAUAAAACUGAUUUAAAUUUA